CCUCGCUACACUUGCAGUUCUUUUUUGUUCCCUUCUAACCAAAUGAGCUCCUUCAGAGCAUUCUCAUCGGUGUCCAGCAGACGAAGAACAUCUUCACCCUGAGAAGCACAAUCCCCUCCACAUUAAACAGGAGGAAGAGUCGGAGAUGCUGUACAUCAAACAGGAAGCGGAGCCAGACACUCUCUGCAUGAAAGAAGAAGAACAGGAAGAUGAAAUCCCCAAGUUUCCAGUGACCGUCAGUGUGAAGAGUGAAGAAAAUGAAGGUCCAAGCGAAGAGGGCGGAGCAGAGAAACCUUCGAUCUACUGCUCAUUUCAGCACCUGACAACAAAAGAAGAGGGACAAUCGCAACCGGACGGCCUCUUCCCUCCGCUUUCGGACAACGACGACGUAACUUCACACUCUUCUGACACUGAUACUAAUAAGGAGGAUGUUGACUUUGACCAAAAUGCUUUGAAAUCCUUAAACAAUUCAUCAUUGAAAAUAGACGAAAAGGAAUGUGCUGGUGGGAAUUCGUUUGCCUGCACACUUUGCAACAAAGGAUUUUCACGGAAAAAUCAUUUAGAAAUGCAUAAGCGUAAACACACGGGAAAAAAACCUUUUGCCUGCACAUCUUGUGGUAAAAGAUUCACCCAGAAGGCAAAUUUACACAGACACGCAAGAACACACACUGGAGAGAAGCCUUUCGCCUGCACUCUUUGCAAAAAAGGAUUUUCUCGGAAGAGUCAUUUAGAAAUGCAUAAGCGUACACACACUAGAGAAAUGCCUUUUGCCUGCACACCUUGUGGUAAAAGAUUCACCGACAAGGGAAAUUUACACAGACACGCAAGAACACACACUGGAGAGAAGCCUUUCGCCUGCACUCUCUGCAACAAAGGAUUUUCUCGGACGACUCAGUUAAAAUUGCAUGAGCGUACACACACUGGAGAAAAGCUUUUCGUCUGCACAUGUUGUGGUAAAAGAUUCACCGAGAAGAGAAAUUUAAAUGCACACACAAGCACACACACUGGAGAGAAACUUUUCACCUGCUCACUUAGUGAUAAAGGGUUUUCUCGGAAGCCUGAUGUCGUAAAGCAUAUGCGUACACACACUGGAGAGAAGCCUUUCGCCUGCACUCUCUGCAACAAAGGAUUUUCUCGGACGACUCAGUUAAAAUUGCAUGAGCGUACACACACUGGAGAAAAGCCUUUCGUCUGCACAUGUUGUGGUAAAAGAUUCACCGAGAAGAGAAAUUUAAAUGCACACACAAGCACACACACUGGAGAGAAGCCUUUCGCCUGCACUCUUUGCAACAAAGGAUUUUCUCGGAAGCCUGAUGUCGUAAGGCAUAUGCGUACACACACUGGAGAAAAGCCUUUUGUCUGCACAUGUUGUGGUCAAAGAUUCACCGAGAAGGGAAAUUUAAACAUACAUGCAAGAACACAUUCUGGAGAGAAGCCUUUCACCUGCACUGUUUGCAACAAAGGAUUUUCUCGGAAGAAUGUGUUAGAUAAACACACGCGUAUACACACUGAAGAAAAGCCUUUUGUCUGCACAUUUUGCGACAAAAGAUUUUCUCUGAAGUCUCAUUUAAUGAUACAUAACCGCAUACACACUGGAGAAAAGCUUUUUGUCUGCACACGUUGUGGUAAAACAUUCUCCGAGAAGGGAAAUUUAGACAAACACACACGUAGACACACAGGAGAGAAGCCUUUUAUAUGCUCAGUUUGUCAAAAAAGAUUCCAUCAGAAAGGAAAUUUAAACAGACAUGCAAGAACACACAUUGGAAAGAAACCUUUUUAAUGCUCACUUUGUGGUAAAACAUUUGCUCAGAAGGGACAUUUAGUAUCGCAUAGAAGAAGCCACACUGAGGAAAAAUGUUUGAAUUGCAAUGUUUAACAAGAUAUUCGAACAUCACAGUCAUUUACAGUGGAAAAAGCAUUUCAAUUUUCUUAUCGAGUUUCCCUUGAGCCUCUUUUGAAAAAGUUGUUGAAAUGAUUUUGCAGGUCCUGAUCUUUUUCACGACUGUUGGAUAUUCUUGAUUUAUUUAUUUGUUUUAAUCAAAUGAAUUGGGUUCAGUUUAGGUUACUUCAUAUCAAGCUUGAUCUUCUGUUCAGUUUUAUAGUAUGACUUUCCUGCUCCUUUGAUUGACCCAGAUUUAGCGUAUGUCUCCGUGUCUCUGUUGCUUAUGUCUCUGUUUUUAAUUACUCUUUAUUUUCCCCCUUACUUCCUCUACUGUAAACCAUUUUUAGAGCUCUUCUCUUCAGAGCAGGGGUCCCCAAACUACGGCCCGCCUCCACAUUUGGUCCGGCCCCGUGAACAAUUUUAAAUUAUUUUUUUUUAACUUGUGUUAUUUAUUCCUUGGCUUUUUCUGUGAAGAACCCAGAGAGGGUUAUUUGGUUAUUAUCUAUUUAAUUAAUAGUGUUAUAUCAUAGCAUAUCAUAUAUCAUAUUAUUUACUUUUGUUCCAUGAAGAAUCCAGAAAGGGUUAUUUGAUUGAGGCUUUCUGAAAAACAAUAACUUUUUACAUUUAGGCACUCCUGCAAUCGUCACAAUUUUUCUGUUACAAACUGACCCCGGCCCCUCAUCAGAGAAGGGAAAAGUUAUAUGGCCCUCACAGGAAAACGUUUGGGGACCCCUGCUUUAGAGUGUCACUUGGGAACAUAGCCAAUGUGUAGAGUGUUUUUUGAAUUAAUUUAUUUUUUAUAACCAUUGUAUUAAUUUAUCAAUUCAUUUAUAGCAUUAAAUUGAAAAAAAUAUACAAAUGUACCCCCCGAAAAUCAUGAAGUAGUUAUAUAUUUCAUUAAUAA